AAAUCCUCCAAAUCGAAUCAAACGAUGGACGCUCGAGAAGUGACACGCGCAAAGCACGCGGCAGAAUUGGAGGCGAAGAAGCGCAAGCUAGAGGAGAUCCGACGCCGGAAGGCUAACGUCAAGGAAGCAGGCGUCGACGCUGCGACGAUUUCCGCGACGUCGGUCGCUGCGGCACCGUUCCAGGAUUUUCUCCAAACCAUCUUGGACGAACAAAAGCAAAAGGACUUGGACGUCACGAUGACCAACGAAAGUAGCGCCACUACAGUCAUUCCCGGCCUGUCGUUUGCGGAGAAGAUGGCUAAACUGUCCACGGUAGUGCAAGUAGGGCCGUUGGACAUCUUGCCCAUCCAAGUCGAAACGUACGACAAAGCAACGUCCAUGGACCCCGACGACUUCCCCCCCUUAUCGCCGCGUCAUCUAUCAGUCCAAGACGACUCCAUCUCCCACGAGCCAGAGCCCGCGAAUUCGCCCGUCCAAGCGACAUCCGCCGGCACGUCCCCGCGCAAAUUCACGUCCGACCUGUCGGCGCCACCUCCCGUGCGUCUCACCAAGGAAGAGCGGGAACAACUCCUCCUUUCCGCGGACCUGGAUGCGUUCUUGGGCAAGUCGGGUCGCGUGAUGGAGCGCGCUUUGAUCCAAGCCAGUUCGUUUGAUGUGAUGAAGGACUACAGUGUCGAUGGUGCCGACGCCGACGACGACGGCGGGGCCGCCGCGUCGUCCCAAGCGCUCAAGCUGGCGCACGUGUAUCGCGACGCCAAGUGGACCAAGGGCCGCGCUGUCACAGAUAUCGACGUGUCUCCGUUUUACCACGAAUUGUCUCUGGUUGCGUACAACGCGAGGGGGUACCUUGAAGACGACGACGACCAAGCGAGUUGGGACGUGAUGCAUGAAGACGGGGGCGACGCAGAGGGCGUGGUGCUGCUCUGGUCAAGCAAUCUGCCGUCGCAUCCAGAAUACAAGUUUACAUGUCACUCUCAAGUGAUGAGCGCGUGCUUUAGUCCUUUCGAUCGCAACUUGCUGGUGGGGGGAACGUACUCGGGACAGGUGGUGUUGUGGGACACGCGAGCCAAACACACGCCCGUGCAAAAGACGACGCUGUCGGCCACUGGCGGCCACACGCAUCCGAUUUACUCGAUGAGUGUCGUAGGGACGAAAAGUUCCUCCAGUUUGGUCUCUGCCAGUACCGACGGCCGCAUGUGUGUGUGGAACAUGAAUCAACUGCACACCCCCAUGGACGUGCUCGACUUGCGCGUCGCGGGGCCGUCGUCCAAUGGGAUCGCAGCAACUUCGGCGGCAACUUCGGCGGCUGGUCGUCGCAUGGCCGUGCCCGUCACUGCCAUGGCCUUUCAACGGCCUUCGCAAAACCCUACCAACGCGUUUGCUAUUGGCACUGAAUCGGGGGACCUGUGGGGUGCGCAACUGGAUGAAUUGCAUCCGUCGUCCGAGUCCAAAGCCCGCGAAGUGCUCGUGAGUGCGCUGCCGGGUCUAUCGAGUUCGCACUUUGGACCUGUGACUUCGAUGCAAUACCAUCCGCUGGUGCCGCACCACCAAGAUGUACUGCUCUUGACGUCGUCGGUGGACUGGAGCUGUCGGCUAUGGAGUCAAAAGGGCGGGGACAAACCCAUCAUGUCGUUUGAGCCCGCAAACGACUACGUGUACGACAUCCGGUGGUCGCCAGUGCACCCUGGGCUGUUUUGCACGGCGGACGGAUCGGGCAAGGCCAGUGUGUGGAACAUAAGCAACGAUUCCGAGGUCAGUUGCUUGUGUUGCUGCCGUCUUGGCUUAGCAAGAGACUGUAGGUGCCCGUGGCCGAAGUCCAAGUGAGCACGGAACGCGCGUUGAACAAGGUGCGGUGGACUGCCGACGGCAAACGCUUGCUCGUCGGCGACUCUGCCGGCGACACGCAUGUAUAUGACGUGCCUUCUGAGGUAUGUCGAAUGGCUUCGUGGAGAAAGGGAAUGGAUGGACGCUCAUGCGGCUAUAGAUUUCGCAACCACGGCCAGACGAGAUGGCGCGGUUGGAAAGCAAGCUGAGUCAAGCGAUUGCGCGCACCACGGACGUGUACAUGGGAUAACGACUAGUAUAUGACAAGGACUCGUGAUGUUAUGAUGGUCGGGAAGGGUAGAAGUUGAGAAUAAGCACCGGGGAAUCAAUCGAUCGAUCGAUCAUGACUACUGUGAUGGAUCUCGUGUGGAUGUAAGUUGAGGUAGCAAGGGUCCAUGGGGCAUUAGAAGGCCAAAGAUAUGAUUGAGAGUCGGACAACGCCCCCCCGAUCGUUCAUGUGGUUCAACUCGCACGGUCUCUGGGGAGAGCGGGUCGUACAUACGUAACUUGAGGUAGGUCCCGAGGGUGGAGGUCAUGUCAAUCGGGUACGGAGGUCCGUGCAUCGCCGCCUCCUGGUGCAUGUCAGGACAACCAUCGGUAGCACCAUGGACGUGGCCUGCCGACGUCAAUCUCCUCGCGCUGCACUGGUGGGUUUCAUUACG